UUUGAAACUUCUGAGCGGAAAUACUUGUGAACUGUGUGAGCGUGACAGCUAGCCUGCGCACCGAGAAUCUCCUUGCUGCCACUAAUAAAACGGUUUUGUGCAGAGCUUUCUCCUUCAUCACAUCCUUCCUUUGAGCAAAGCGUUGUCUGGCAGGGAGGUGUGAGGAGCCCGGCUCUUCACUCCUUCAGGCUGUUCAGGAGCCAUGGCGGAGCGGACACUGAGGAGGAGACAGCGGCUCCACAGCAGCUGCUCGAGCGAGGAGGGAUCCACGUUAACGUUACCUGCAGCACAGCCACAACUGUUAGUGACGGAACACAAUGGUGACGGCUUCUAAAGUUUUACACACAUCUUUAGCUUUUGUCACAGCUGGCUGGUUCAACUUUCCACUAACUGGUACUUCCCUAAUGUCGACGGGAUCUUAGCGCCGCGGAGUUUGUUCUGCUUUUCUUUUCUUCCAGACAGUAACGUUCCGUCUGUCCUGUAAAGCCUCGGGUGUAAAUCUGGUGUACUGUCCCGCGCCUCUUUAAUAUUUAAAAGCCGAGUCACUGGAGGUUAACAUGGGGGCAAAGCCGAGCAGCCCGACUGCUAAUCCGGCAGCUAACGGACGGACCAGAGCCUACUCCGGCUCGGACCUGCCCUCCAGCACGUCCAGCAGUAAUGGUAACAGGACUACCACCGGGGCUGUUCGGUACCAUGCGUACAGUGCGUCCGGAGCCUCGUCCAGCACCAGCCAGCACCAUGGAGCCAGGGCUAGGUUUGUGGGGGGCUCCGGAGGCUCCGGGACCCGACCUCAGUCCGGGAUCAACAUUCCCAACAGCAGCGGAGCCUACAGCUCCCAGGAGUCCGGCGGCAGUAGCCCGGAGGAGGCGGACAGAGAGCGCUCAGGCGGAGAGCAGGAGGGUCCCCGGCUGUUGAUAGGAUCACUACCAGCACACCUCUCGCCUCAUCUGUUCGGAGAGUAAAGAGCCACUCCACCAGGAGUGUCUCCACAUCAUGGGCAACCCAGAGAGGUGUGCCUUUGGAGGACAUAUGUGCUGCGGCCACAUGUGCAUCACCGAGCACAUUCUCCAGGUUUUACAGGAUGAAUGUCGCCACCCCUCAUCCAUUAGCCGCGGUUCUUCUGCAGAGUCCUGAGGCCCACAUCUCCUCUGUUACAGAAACUAUAUAUUCAUCAGUGUGUUGUGUUGCAACAUUUUGGCCCUCCAUUUCAGUAAGGAAAAGGCAGCGAGACAACUGAAAAGACUCAAACAUUGUAAACCCUAUAGUAGAGCUUUGCCUUCCAGCCAACCAUGUACAUACACAAAAGAAUAUCUCUAGAGAUGUACACUCUGCCCUCAGGCUGCCACAAAAGGUUCUGGGUUGAACUCUGGAUGUCUUCAAAUCCUUGAAUCAAACCUAAUCAUAACAUUUAAAAGGUUACGUACCGGCUAUGGACUUCAUGCACAAGGAAACGAUGUCCAUUAUGUUUGUGUUGUUUGUAGAAUUUACAUCAAUGCUGGACUAUAAGCUGUAAACUAAUGAUGGAAAUAGUUUCCUGUCCUCAGCAUGUGAUUUUAAUAGAUAUAGCUAUAUCUCAGAGUGUGAUAACAUCUCAGCAAUCUGGUUUUACCAAAUGCAUACAGAUCUAAAUUGUAGCAAACUUUUGAUUUCAUAGAGGUGCUGGCCCCAGACUGAGAAAUUGGAUUUGAGGACCUUGAGGGACUUUUUAUGUGGCAAAACAAAGAUUAUGCAUCUGCGGCUCAUCUAUUCAGUUAGUUCCCCCGUUUCUCUGCAAAAAGUAAUUAUAGCGAGUUCAAAGGUUUGAUACAUCGGUGUUAAAUAUUGUAUAGAGCUAUACAUUCUCUAAAAUGUAUUCUGUACAUGUCUUGCUAUAACAAUAGCAACACCAGCUGUAAUAGUUUUCUGUAAUGUGCAUUCCAUUUGCAACAAACUGUUAUCCAUUCCACAAAAUACCUCCUAUACAUAUGUAGAGCCAUGGAGCAAGCACAAUGUGACAGUCACACCUCUGCAGGGUUGCAGUCCUGCUCUGAUUAUUGUGUUUUUCUGAAAGAUGGCAUAUAACUUUGCUUUCCAAACAUAAUUCUCCAUUUUCUAUCUGUUUUUUUGCUGUGCAUAUUCAUGCUCUACCAGUGAAACUCCCUUUCCGGAGACCUGAUAACCUUCCUCUAUCACCAAAUACUGUUGUCUCUAGACAGCCAAGCUGUCUUUUUUCAUUUUCAUUUCACCUUGUGCUCAGGUAGACAC